UCCAAAUUGCUAAGAAAAACGUUAGGGUUUUAUAGAGGCAGAAAUGGCGAGUAGAGAUGAGUACAAGCUUCUUCAUAUAAAGGAUGCCCUUACUUGCAUCAACCAGAGGGUGAACCUGGUAGGAGCAGUGUUCGAGUUUGGAGUUCCCAGGCAGAGCAAAGGAACGGAUUGCUUCUGCACACUAAAGUUGAUAGAUGAAUCAUAUCAAAGUCCUGGAUUUACAGUAAAUGUUUUUGCCGAAAGCAUGGGAAAGCUGCCCCAAGUUCGGUCUUCUGGAGACAUAAUCCAAUUUUGUCAAGUUGUGAUUAAAGCACACCAUGGGGAGGUCUAUGCUCUUUUCAACAAGAAGUUCUCUUCAUUUGCUCUAUUUGAAGGAAAACCUAAUGAAGACUUUACCCCAUAUCAAGUUUCUCUGAAAUUUCAUAUGAGAGGUCUUGGCAAGGACUUUAUAACAUGCCUAAGAACAUGGCUACUAGGUUUUCGAUUUGAUACAGGGACAAGGGAAACCAUGUUGUUAUUGAGAGAGAUCCAUGAAGGGCUACGCUUUGAUUUGGUUUGCAAGAUUCUUCACAUCUGUGAAUUAUCCAAGGGGGAGUGGAUGCUCUUUGUGUGGGAUGGAACUGAUACUCCUCCUUUAUGUUUUGAAACAAAGCUAGAAGAUGAAGCAAAGAGCCCUCUUCCCUUACAAUUGGAACCGUCACUUUUACCAAGAGACAUUUUGAGUGCAUUUCCUUGUGUUGGAACUGUCUUGAGGGUGACUGUUGACCAAGAAAAUGAAAAGCUUGGCCUUCACUUAUUAGAUAGUGGCAGAUGGGUGAAAUUCAUUAACAUAAUCUGCCAAGCACGCUCAGGAUUGUGGCAUGGUGUACUGAUGCUUUUUACUAAGAUCCGGCUUUUGGCCAAUGAGGACACCAUUGUAAAGCACCGUGAAGAGUUUUACAAAGAACGUGUAUCAUCUAAAUUGGAAUCUAUGCCCUUGUCAUGCUUUCCUGGGCCCUCUCAUAUCACAGAGACAGAUUAUGAUGAUGUGCGAUUUGCUACAUUAAUGGAGGUUCUCACAUAUUCACAGGUUACAGCCAAAUUCAAAUGUAUUGUUCGCAUUGUAGCAACCUAUCCUUGGCAGAUUGAGGACUUCCGUUCUCCUCUAGGGAUUUAUAGGAUGAGGUUGACCCUAGAGGAUCCAACUGCAAGAAUACAUGCUUAUGUGUAUGCUGAAGAUGGGGAGAAGUUUUUUGAGGGUCAUCCCCUAGUUGAUGUACUGAAACAAAAGCGAAACAAAUUGCUUGGAAUAUCUGAAAGGGAUGAUGGCACAGAAGAUGAGAAAGCUCCUAGGAAUCCACCAUGGGUGCAGUGCUGCAUAAAGUCUUACUACAUAGAUAAAAGCGAUGCAUGGGGAAGCAGAAGAUACAGGAUUUUUGCCACCAGAAUGGUGGGAUGAUACGGAGUUGAUAGUUUUGUUUGCCUACUGAAGCUGGUUUUUUGAACAGGUUGUAAUAUAUAGUGCAGGUCCCUGAUCCAGUCUAUAGUUUUGCUUCUGUAUUGCCUUGCCAGGCUGUUGUUUUAUGUAAAAUGUAUCCCAGAGCUUUUUGCUCUCAUUCCACGUCGUUUGAGUUUUUGGCACGGUAAGUUCAGCAACUUUUUCUUGA